AUGGCCGAUAAAGUAGCCGACAAGCGUCUUGAAACCCUCCGCACAUCAAUAAGCACCCUCCAAGUCCAGCAAACCGAGCUAGAAUCCGAAAUUGCUACCCUCAAAUCAAGUCUCAAAAAUGACCCGUCCGAGACUGUGAAGCGGCAUAUCCGCCUAUUGCACGAAUACAAUGAGAUCAAGGACGUCGCACAAGGUCUGAUGGGCUUGAUCGCAGAGGCGCGAGGGGUGCGACAUGUGGAGGUGCAAAAGGAGUUCGGGGUGCAUGAGGGGGACUGA